CAGUAAAUGUGCUAUAAAACUUGCUAGUAAUCCAUCGGAAGCGGUAAUCGAUACCCUGCUGUGAGCAGUGCUUCUUCAUGACACGUUGCCGUUGCUAUAUGGCGUGAUGUACAAGCAAACAGUGGCAAUGCUUAAAUCCAAAAUGUGUAUACCCUGUCACCGGAUAAUAUAAUUGCACAAUCAAGCCCGAGUAUCGCACGAUCUGUAAACCAUAUAGCGCCUGAUGUGGAUAUAUCUUCUUUCACUACAUACCUAGAAAUGGCAGCUCCAACAGAUCAGGCUAAUAUGGAAGAACAGCAAGAAAGUUAUCAGACACCGAAUGACGUCGAAGAGGAAACUAACGACAAUCCAAAGGAAUCCAGUGCUACAUGUGACGUGGAAGUAUCUGUAGAUGAAGCUAAUACCGAGGCUUCGUCCAUCCCGCAGCCAUCGCCUAAGGCAAUGAAACAACCCGUACAAUACAUUACCCUGUCCCAAAUUAAAAGUAACAUGACCAAAAUCAAUAUAUAUAUAGUGGCUGUAGAAAUGAUACGCGCUAUGUAUAGAGACUACUGCCAACAACGGGAUAUCAUCAACUAUAGAGCCAUCGACCCAACCGUCGAAUCUAGCAACAGUAAUGGAAUCAGAGACUACUCGAUACAAAUUACAUCACCCUAUACAUCACAGGGAUAUCAUGUAAACUUCGGCGAUGUCGUACGGAUGAAACGUGUAGAUGCCCAGUUGGUAGUGGAUAAAACUGGAGGACGACAUGUAAACAUUAUACUCAGUUCUAAAAAUCACCCAUCGAUGAGGAUAUGGCCAAAUAAACUAUACAUGAAUAAGCAGCAACCACCCGAAAGCCAAGAUGGUACGUCUAACGCUCAGGAGAAGCCGUCUGAAUGUCCUGAUAACGAAGAUGCCCUGAAAAAACUAGCAGACGAAGCUUUAGUCGUGUAUGGCGGUACAAAGACUAAUGUGAACGAUGAAGAUUUAUCCACGGUGUCCUCGCUGCGUGAGUGGGUACGAGACAAACUUAAAGUAGAUGAUUUGGCGAUCAAUCGGGAUUUUAUAAAGCUCAUUGCCGAUGCAGGUGAAAGUAUUGGCGAUCUAGUGGUAUGUGUAUUAGAAGUAGCCCCGGAAAAGGAAGUUGAUCUUGUAGUCAGUGACGCCUCAUCUAUGGCUGUCGUAAUUGGACUUAGUGACAUGGUCAUAACAAAUCUUGUAAAAUCGCAUAACGGCAUACAAAAGGGGGAAUGGAUUAAACUAAGAUCGGUAAUACGCAUACGUGAACAAUAUAAACGUGCUAACGGGAGCAACUAUGCCACCAUCAAGGCGUCGAAUUAUUCGUGCGUCACCAGGCUACCCCAAUUAUCGCUACCAUACGUUAAGCCAAUAAAACCUACAUCACCAAGGUCCAAGCGAAAUCGUAAAGCAAAUCGAAUGAAAAUGUGGAAUGAAGCCUCAAGAUUAAACAAGGCAUUCCCGAGGAAGCUCCACAAAUCUACAGGAUACCUAGAUCGAUUACUGCAGUUCAAUUGUGUAGAGGAGGGUGGCUUUACGAAGGCCACGCCUACAGUGGAUAGUGAAACAGAAGAAGGUGAAAUAACGUAAUUCCCA